AACGAGCUUCGACUUGCUCAAUAUCCACCCUCGACGCGAGUUUCCAUUCUGUUCGAGUAAUAUUUGUACUCGAUUUGUACAUUUGUACUGUAUUUGUUUUUUCGGAAUUCAAUUAUAGCAUCGCGAAAGUAUCUGAACACUCACCAUGGAGAACCGUUAUCACCAUAUUGUACGCAUUGUAUGAAACAUUACGAAAUUUCAUUGCCACUAUAACGAGACGAUAUUGUCUACGUUCAUAAAAUUUGUAUCAGUCUGAAAACGUGUACAAAAGUAACAAAAUAGUCGUUGCAAAAGUACAUACGGUAAAAGAUUAGUACACAGGCUGAAUAUUCAUUUUAAGCGUAUAACUAGUUUCAAGCAUAGUCCUGAAUAUAGCGAUUUACUAAUACGAUGAAUGGUUGACUGUCAAAGAUAAUAAAUAAAUCAUGACAUGAAAUAUUUUGUAACUUUUACGUACAUAUUGUUCUGAUAUUUUAUCGAUAUAACGAUGACAGUCGAGUCUCAUUACAAUGCUAAUAAAAUUUCAAAAUGUUUUACGCAAUAUACGUGUUAAAGCUUCCUGUGAUUCGAGCAAACAGGCCCUCGAUCCGAAGCGUGUCACGAAGGCGAGGAGAAGGAUUGCGUCGGUGGAAUCUCAAGAGUCUCCACGGCAGUGAAUCGUUUAAUGAAUGAAAGGCCGAAUCCAAUUUUCUUGAACGCUGGCGAUCACUAUCAAGGGACACUGUGGUACAACGUUCACCGUUGGAACGCGACUGCCACCUUCAUGAACAUGUUACCGCACGAUGUUAUGACAAUAGGAAACCAUGAAUUUGACGAUGAUAUCGAGGGAGUGGUUCCGUUUUUAAAAAUGGUCAAGGCACCAGUAGUAGUCACCAAUAUCGAUGCAAGUGAAGAGCCAACAAUGCAGGGGCUCUAUAAGAACAGCACAAUCAUUGAAAGGAAUGGCACGAAGAUCGGAGUCAUCGGCGUUAUUAUAUCGACCACGGACACAAUUUCCAUUACCGGGAAAUUAAAGUUUCUGGAUGAGGUGGAAUCGGUGAAUGACGAGGCACGGAGAUUGAAGUCCCGAGGGAUCGACAUUAUUAUCGUUUUAAGCCAUUGUGGAUUGGAUGUGGACAGAAUAAUGGCAGCCAAGUGUCCUCUGAUCGACCUUAUCGUUGGUGGACAUUCUCAUACGUUUCUUUAUUCAGGACCAGCCCCUUUCAUCGACGAGCCAGAGGAUGAAUAUCCCGUGGUGGUGGUUCAAGAGGAGACCAACAGAACAGUGUUGAUCGUUCAGGCAGCUGCUUUCACAAAGUACCUGGGGAACUUGACGGUGUGGUUCGAUGCGGAUGGCGAGGUGGUUGAUUGGGACGGAAAUCCGAUUCUCCUUGAUUACUCUAUCGAGGAAGAUCCUGAGAUGCUGAAGGCUUUGGCACCAUGGAAAGUAAGGGUAGAUGAGAAGGCAGGAACGAAGAUUGCUCGAACGAGAGUUUUCCUCGACAAUAAAUGUCGCAGAAACGAAUGCAACCUUGGAAAUUUGAUCACAGACGCCAUGGUCGAUGCUUAUGUGGAGAGAGCAGAGAAUAAAACUGUGUGGACAUACGCUGCAGUUGGUGUUUACAAUCCUGGAGGAAUACGUGCUCCUAUAGACUCCAUAGGUCAAGAUAUCACGUUUGCCGAUCUGAUAAUGGCUCAACCUUUCGAGAACACUUGGGACAUCCUCGAAUUAAAAGGCAGCUGCAUUCUGCAGAUCCUAGAAAUGGAAGAAGAUAUUUUAAUAUGGUCAGGGCUAAAAGUGGUUUAUAAAAUAAAAGGAAAUUCCAGGAAGGUGGAGGAUGUCAAAAUAAGAUGUAGAGCUUGCGAGGUACCAAGGUACGAAGAGCUGGUGUUAGAUCAGUGGUACAGAAUUGUACUUCCAACCUUCUUAGUCCAAGGUGGGGAUGGAUUCGUCCCAUUCGAAACCUGUGGUAGAAAUCACGAAGUCGGUUACUUGGACUGGGUAGUAUUGUCUAAAUAUAUGAAGAAGAUCAGCCCUAUAUUAACCGGACGAGAUCGUCGAGUGAUCUUUUUAGAUGGAAAUAGUUCUUAGUUAGCUCGGUAAAUAUUCAUUUUCUUAGCAAAACAAUAGGUAAGGAAGAUUCAAAGACUUUCUAGAAUCAUAUUUCCCAAACUGAUAUUAAUAUCACAGUAUCGUAAAGUGCAUUUAAUCUAAAAUGAACUUGUGCAAUAUAAAUGUAAAUUUAAUAAAAAUGCUAUUUCAUAA